GUUGGCGGCCGUGGGUGGGGAGGCGGGACAGGAGCACCAGCCUCCUUCGGUCCUCUCCUCACCUGAGGGACCGCGUUGGUUUCGCGGAGAGCACGGCCCGGGCGCUGCUCAUAAACGGGAGUGACGGGAGCAAGAGGAGGGCUGGAUGAAUUAUUCUGCAGUGCUACAGUUUAUGGGCCGCAGGCUGGGAAUUUCUCUCUGUGUGGAUUAUUUACAUGUUCCUAAACACUUUGGUGCAGCAAAAGCAGGUUUUUCUUCUCCAGGGAUAAAGCCAUGGCUGAAAUGAGUGAUAGCAACUUGGAAAAACCAACCAUUAUUCAGCAAGCAAUGGCCUCUUGUUGUGGAGCUAUAAUUACUUCAUUACUUGUAUCUCCUCUUGAUGUUAUCAAAACUCGGCUGCAAGCCCAAAGCAAUCCAUUCCCUAAAGGAAAAUGUUUUGUAUACUCCAGUGGCCUUAUGGAUCAUAUAUGUGUUUGUGAAAAUGGGAACAGCAAAGCCUGGUAUAAAAAACCUGGGAAUUUCAAGGGGACGUUGGAUGCAUUUGUGAAAAUUAUUCGAAUAGAGGGAAUUAAGUCACUGUGGAGUGGGCUUCCUCCAACAUUAAUAAUGGCACUUCCUAACGCAAUAAUCUAUUUUACCCUCUAUGACCAACUGCGUGAAGCUUUGAAAUACAGACUGAAAAAGGGUGAUGAAUACAUUCCAGUUCUCGCAGGUUCCUUAAGCAGAUUCAGUUCUCUCACUGUGGUGAGUCCCCUGGAGCUGAUCAGAACUAGAAUGCAGCAUCGCAAGUUGUCCUACAAGCAGCUGUAUCUGUGCGUCAGCACUCAGGUGGCUGCAGAUGGGUGGUUUUCACUGUGGAGAGGCUGGAGUUCCACUGUUCUGAGAGAUAUACCUUUCUCAGCAAUGUACUGGUAUAAUUAUGAACGUUUCAAGAAGAUGAUGUGCAAGCAAGUUGGUGCACAUGAACCUACAUUUCUUAUUGCUUUUACUUCAGGAGCAGCAUCUGGCUCUAUUGCAGCUGUCAUAACUCAGCCAUUUGACGUAGUGAAAACACAUAGACAGACUGCACUUUGGGAGAGUGAGACCUUAGAAAGUAAGUCACUGUUCCACAGAGGGACUCUCCAUCAACCUGGGCAGUUAUGAGGAAAGUUGCCGCUAGCAAUGGGAUUACUGGAUUAUUUGCUGGUAUUAUUCCACGGCUAUGUAAAGUUGCUCCUGCUUGUGCCAUAAUGAUCAGCACAUACGAAUAUGGAAAAUCUUUGUUUUCUCACUUAAAUGAAAAAAUGAAUCAACGUCCUUAAUUCUCCUUCAUCCGAUUGUAUGAAGUCAAAGUAUAUGGUGAAAGUUGUGCCAAAUUUUAAUCUGUGAAGAUGUUUUCUAGAAUUCACAGUGAAUUUCUACCAUUACAUUUGCUAAAGAGGAAAAAGAAAGGAAGGAGGAGAAAAAAAAGAAUUUAAGCCUGGACAGAGCAAUGAAGAAUAACGACUGCCACCGUGUUAAAUUUUUAGUCUGGAUAUUUAAAAUUAUUGUUUAAAAAUG